AUGCCCCAAAACCCAUACAGAAGGGCAAAUCCACGAGGAGGUCCGCAGCACAAAAAGAAGAAGGUUUCAAAGGAUAUUAAGGAAUGCGAUACAGAACAGGUGCUGCUGUUGGAUGUGGAGGCGCUGCUGAGGAAACAUGCUGAAGACGCAGAGCAAGCAAAGAAGGAUAACCUGGAAAAAGUACCAACAGUUACACACAAGCACAAAAGCGAGAGUUUCCCAGAAACUGAAGUUACUGUAUACGAGAUAUCCUCCACGGGAGAUGGCCUGGCGCUUUCUCCUUUAUUCGACCAUGUCUACGUCGUACCAUUUACGGUUGCGGGAGAUAGGGCUCGAGUUAAGGUUGUGAAGACAAUGCACGAGGAGUCUUACAGCGUGACAGAUCUACUUGAAGUUAUCACGCCGUCCCCCCAGCGCGAUGACUCCCUUAUUAAAUGCAAGUACUUCGCCAAGUGUGGAGGAUGCCAACUCCAGAUGCUUCCCUACGAGGACCAGUUGAAGCACAAGAGGAAAAUCCUAGAAAAGGCAUACGCCAAUUUUUCGGGGUUGCUACCUGAAUUAAUUCCUGCAAUUCGUGAUACCAUGGCUUCGCCAUUGCAAUACGGCUAUCGAACAAAACUGACACCCCAUUUCCCCAUGCCGACUCGGAUCCAACGUGGCAGUGCGGACGGAGAGGAGUCGGAGAUCCCGCCUAUUGGAUUCAUGCUUAAGGGUAGACGAACUGUUAUCGAUAUCGAGGACUGUCCUUUGGGAACAGAUAUUGUUAGACUGGGGAUGAAACAUCCCGGCCGGCGGUCACCAAACGGCACGGAACGAGCGUCCUCUGAAGAAAGGCAACCGGUGCACGAUGAGCCUGUAAUCCGAAGGGAACAUCCAGACUACAUCGAAGAAAAGCGCUGCAUCACGGACCAAAACUCAACGUCAAUUGAGUACGUCGACAACUACAAGUUCCAGAACAAGGCCGGCCAAUUCUUCCAAAACAACAACUCUAUCCUAGCUCCCUUCACCCAAUAUAUCCGCGAAAAUGCCCUUCUCCCGCCUUCAACUUCGUCUUCCUCUCCAUCAUCAUCUUCUGCGACGCAGCGCACCUCUAAAUUAAAAUACCUCCUAGAUGCAUAUUCUGGUUCUGGUCUCUUCACCGUCACACUCUCUCCCAUAUUUCUCUCGUCCCUCGGUAUCGACAUCUCCGCUGAUUCUAUCGAGGCAGCCCGUAGAAAUGCCCGUGCCAACAAACUUGCCAAUACUGGUUUCGCAGCGGCUGACGCAGCCGCCAUUUUCAAGGACGUUCCUUAUCCACCUGAUAAGACGCUUCUUGUCAUUGACCCACCGCGAAAGGGCUGCGAUAACAACUUUUUACAGCAGCUGCUAUCUUACGGACCCGCGAAGGUCGUGUAUUUCAGGGAGGAAACUUCAAAGGGGAAGAAGUGA